CUUAACCUUGCUGUUGCUCUAAUGCUCUGUCUUUGCCAGCUGCGUGUGAGUAAACACUGCAAGUGGUUAGUGGAGCGAAUACCGAACGCUUGGUCAGGUAACACCUGCGUCACUUGUGGUAUUCACAAACAACGAGAAGCAAUACCGACGUGGGUAACAGAGAAUAUUCAGCUUUGAUGCUUGAAUAAACAUCACAAUGAAGUUUGCCGAGCACUUGGCAGCUCAUAUUACUCCAGAAUGGCGAAAGCAGUACAUCAGCUAUGAGGAAAUGAAAAUGAUGCUCUAUAACACUGUAGAGGAAGCACCUUCAGCAGAACUUGUGGAGCCUGAGGUUCUCACAAGGCAUUUUGCCAAUUUUGAUGAUCACUUUUUCCAGUACUGUGACAAUGAACUGAAGAAAAUCAAUACUUUCUAUUCUGAAAAAUUAGCCGAAGCUACACGAAAAUUUGCUGCGUUACAGAGUGAACUCAAAACAGCUGCACUUGUAGAUGGCAAAGUCAGCAAAUCAGUCUUCAGGUCAAGUGAAGCUAAGUCUAGUCUUCCUGCAAGGAAAGUACAAGAGCUGAAGCUUGCAUUUAGUGAAUUUUACCUAAGCUUGAUCCUCCUGCAAAACUAUCAGACUUUGAAUUUCACAGGAUUUCGGAAGAUCCUCAAAAAACACGAUAAGCUGCUAUCAGUUGACUCUGGAGCAAGAUGGAGACAGGAAAAUGUGGAAACAUCACACAUAUACACCAACAAAGAUAUUGAUCGAUUAAUCACAGAAACAGAAGGAACUGUGACUCUGGAACUAGAGGGUGGUGAUCGACAGAGAGCUAUGAAACGACUGCGUGUACCACCUCUUGGAGAGCAACGAAGCCCCUGGAUUACUUUCAAAGUGGGUCUCUUCUCCGGCUCCUUCAUAGUGCUUUUUCUUGCUGUUGUGCUUUCAGCAAUUUUCCAUAAUGGUGGAUCUGAUAACCUGAAGACUGCUUUUAAGCUGUAUCGAGGUCCACUCCUGAUCAUAGAAUUUUUAUUUCUGAUGGGCAUAAAUGUGUAUGGUUGGCGAUCUUCUGGGGUCAAUCAUGUGCUUAUUUUUGAACUUGAUCCUCGAAAUCAUCUUUCUGAACAGCAUUUGAUGGAGCUGGCUGCUAUAUUUGGAGUUGUUUGGACCUUAAGUGUACUGAGCUUUUUAUACAGUGAAUCUCUUAGUAUACCACCCUAUGUAAAUCCACUGUCUCUUAUUAUUUUAAUGGUUGUGUUCUUGGUUAACCCUGUGAGGACAUUCAGAUAUGAGGCCAGGCUGUGGACUAUGAAAGUUCUGGGGCGGAUAAUUGCAGCACCAUUUUUCCAUGUUGGGUUUGCUGAUUUCUGGCUUGCAGAUCAACUGAACAGCCUUGUGGGUGCAUGCUUAGAUUUCCACUUUCUCAUCUGUUUUUACAUAAACAAUGGCAAUUGGUUUGAUGCUCAAGUGUUAAACACAGCUGAAUGUGGGCCCAAUGCUGUUAUCUCAAAAGCAAUUGUAAACUGCCUUCCUGCAUGGUUCAGAUUUGCACAGUGUCUUAGAAGAUAUCGUGAUUCAAAGGAAGCUUUCCCCCAUCUUGUGAAUGCUGGAAAGUACUCGACUACAUUUCUGGUAGUACUAUUCAAUACCCUCCGAACACUGAACUCAGAUGACAGUAACAAACACAAAAACCCAUUCUUCUACAUGUGGCUGUUGGCAUCAUUACUCAGUUCUUGCUACUCAUACACAUGGGACAUUAAAAUGGACUGGGGAUUAUUUGACAAUUCAGCAGGAGAAAAUAAAUAUUUAAGAGAAGAGAUUGUCUAUUCAUCAACAGGAUACUACUAUUUUGCCAUUCUUGAGGACCUGAUUUUGAGAUUUUCGUGGUUGAUAUCAUUUGUUUUAUCUGAACUCCUGGGUUUCAAUUCAGAAUUUGUGCAGUCAUUUUUAUUACCUCUUGAAGUCUUCAGACGCUUCGUGUGGAACUUCUUCCGUUUGGAAAAUGAACAUCUUAACAACUGUGGCAAAUUUCGUGCAGUAAGAGAUAUAUCAAUAGCACCAAUAGAUUCAUCUGACCAGGUGCAGAUUAUCAGAAUGAUGGAUGAGGAUGAUGGUGUUGUGAAUAGAAAGAAAAGAAAAACUGCGAAGAAGGUCAAAGAAGAAAAAAUUACUUUAAUCAGUGAAGAUUCAGAUACCAAUCUUGAGGCCAAAGACAACUGAUGCUGAUUUUUACUGGAGUGUGUAAUUCUAAAAGCUCCACAUAUUCCACAAAAUGGCUGUGUUAUGUUAGUGUCUUUACUUAAUUUUUCACUUACAGGAAACUACAAAAAUCUUGUAAGAAUCAUCAAAUUUCAUUUCAUUUCUCACUUGUCUUGUGACAUUUCAUUUAGACUAUUGCCAUGUGUGAAAGAGUACUAUCUCAAUGUAAAUAUUUAGAAGUAUUUAUUGUGAUAAACAACACAAAUUUCAUAAGAAUCAACAAAUUUCAUUUCAUUUCUUGCCCGUAGAUUUGACAUUUUAUCAAGAGUAUUUCUGU